UGGAGUGGGACUUUGUGGAGGGGCGGAGCUGCGACCGCAGCCUGCAGGCUCCCGGAACCCGAGCCUUCGCGGCUUACUUCGGGUUCUCUGCGCUCACAUCGGUCUCUGGCCGGACAGCGAGUGCGCACAGGAGCGGUCUGCCGAGGCCGGCCACAUGGAUGAGGACACUGAGACAGGCGGAGGCGAGGUGUCACACAGAUCUGUUCUCAGAGCUGAAGCUUUCUGUGCCCUGGGGCCACAUCGCUGCCAAGGCCUGGGGCUCCCUGCAGGGGCCCCCUGUGCUCUGCCUCCACGGAUGGCUAGAUAAUGCCAACUCCUUUGACCGGCUCAUCCCACUUCUCCCUCAAACCUUCUAUUACGUCGCCAUGGAUUUUGGGGGUCACGGCCUCUCCUCCCACCAUCACCCCGGCUUCCCAUACCACCAGCAGGACUAUGUGAAUGAGGUGCUCCGAGUGGCGGCAGCCCUGAAAUGGAAGCGCUUUUCCCUCCUGGGCCACAGUUUUGGCGGCACUGUUGGCAGCAUGUUCUCCUACAUCUUCCCUGAGAUGGUGGAUAAACUGAUCUUGCUGGACUCCUCCCCUUUCUUUCUGGACGCUCCGGAGAUGAACAACCUGCUGGUUUACAGAAGACGACGCAUUGAGCACGUGCUGCAAGUAGAAGCCAAGCAGCAGAAGCCCCGCAACGUUGUCAGCCCCGAGGACAUGCUGCAGAGCUUUCUAAAGAACAAUUUUAAAGUGGGCGAAGAGUGUGGGAAGCUCUUGCUGGAGAGAGGAACCACCAAGGUGGCAGAAGGUGUAAUGUUGAACCGAGACCGAAGGCUGGGCCUGACAGAGAAUCACAUUGAACUCGUUAGCAAGAACCAGCUGGAGUAUUUUUGCAUGAAAAUGCAGGCUAGAGUCCUCCACAUUAAGGCCACCGAGGGAUACGUUUCCUAUGGGCGAGAAAACCAGGACGAAAUCAGAGAUUCCCUGCAGUUCGUUCAGAGAGUUUUAAAGUCGACCCUCAAGGAGCGCUACCAGUACGUGGAGGUCACCGGCAACCAUUACGUCCACAUGCAGGAGCCUCAGCGGGUGGCCGGAAUCAUCAGCGACUUCUUGGAGAGCAACCGGGUCGUGCAGGCCCACCUGUAGCCCUGCCCCCCCGUGGGCAGACCCCAACGCACAGCAGAGACGCUGCCCCGGAGGCCCAGUAAAAUCGGCCAGCACACGCCCUCUGCCGAUGCCACGGACCGUGGGCGGGGACUGCCCCGCCCUGCUCCCACCCCCCAUCUGCUGGCAGCAGCAGGGACCAGCUGGGGGAGGGGGGGAGGGCAGGGCAGAGGGGCUAGGGCCAAGCCCUUCCGGGACCACUCCCAGAAAUGACCUGGGGAGCCUUCCACAGCUGGACAAAUAAAAUCUUACCCCUUUCACUGCC